AUGUCUGAGUGGUUUGAGAAAUAUCAAGGCAUCAUUGCUUGUGCUGGAGUCUCUUUUCCUGAAGAAAACUGACUUGAGCUGGAAUCAAGUCAAGGAAUUAAACUUCAUACUUUUAGAUAUCAUAUUGAAAAUCCUCGUGCCCUUGUAUUUAUUUUUCACUGCUAUAUGUCAGCUUCAAGCAGCUUUUCUCAUUUCGCCCAUAAAUUUGCACAGUCAAAUUUUGCAUCUUUUGCAUUUGACCAAGAAGGGCAUGGGAAAAGUGGGGGUGCAAGAGCAGAGGUAAGAGAUAUAAAUGAAAACGUCAGUUUAGGCGUCGAAUUUAUCCAAAAAACAAAAGAACAAUACCCUGAAGGUCUUCCUGUGUUUAUUAUUGGAGAAAGUAUGGGAGGAUUAACAUGCAUAGGAAUUUCGCUUACUCCCCCCCUCCGCGAGUGAACAAAAAAAUUUUGUUCACUCACGGAGGGGGGGUUAAAUUUUUUGUUUUUAAAAAAUUAUGUAUAAAUUUUAUAAAAAAUAUUUUUUUUCGAAAUUUAAAAAAAUCCUAAUUCGCAAAAAUUGAAAAGCAAAUAUUAAUUUAAUUUAUAAAAUUUAUGUUUUAAAAAGCAAUUUGUUUAAAAUUAAACAGAAUUAGCUCUAGAUUUCAUUAUACUAAUUAUCGCUUAUAUAUCAAUAUUUUUUUCCUUAAAAAAUUUUUGUUCACUCACGGAGGGUUGGUUUUUGGGCAAAAAAUAGCGAUUUUUCUAAUGGUUUUGUUCACUCACGGAGGGGGGAGUUAGAAUUCCUGACGUAAUCAAGGGAAUGAUUUUACUUGCUCCUGCCCUAGGCACAACAGCAAAAGUUUUUUCACAAUUUUGGACUGACGAGCAAGUUGAUCCCAAUGACAUGGUAAAAAUUUCAAGUAACCCAAAGACGGUUGAGUGGUGAAUAGAAAAUCCUGAUACUUAUUUAGGAAAAGCAAGCCGAGCUACAGGGGAUGAAUUUACGAGGGCAAUUAAUGAUUUUCAGCAGCAGGCUCCUAAUGCUCAAACCCCUUUUAUUUUAUUUCAUGGAGAUCAUGAUGAAGUAGUUCCUAUUGAAGCCUCUAGACAAUUUUUCCAAAAUUCUGGAGCUGCAGAUAAAGAGUUUGCAUAUGAUGAAAGUUUAUAUCAUAUAAUUUCUUUAGAGCCUCAAAUUCCUCAGAUUCUCGAGAGGGUUGUUGGGUGGAUUCAAGCAAGAAUUUAG